CACAGUGGUUAGGGUCAAGGAUGAGUUUAUAUCAGAUUGUGAUUGUUUUCUUUGGUUUAUGUGUGUGUUUGUAGAUUAAAUGUCUCUCUAAUCAGACUCUUUAUGUGUGACUGAUUGUGUGUUUGUGAGGUUUUUUUUUUUUUUUUUGGUCCAGUCUCAAAUGGAUGAAUAGAUAAGUUGGAGAAUGAAUACAGAUUUCCAACAUAGCUGUUUUGUUUAUUUUUUGUUUUCUGUCAUACAGAAUACAUAAUUCAAUCAUAUCCCACAUGCUUUUCUUAUACCAAACUGGAAUUUUAAAACGUAACGCUUAUGAAAAAGAGGUUCAACUGGUAUGGAUUUUCUCUUGUGUCUGUUUUAUGCAAUCAAACAUACUGUGUUUGAGAGCAAAAAUAAUCAGAUUGUAAUUUAAAAAAAUAAAAGAUUGUUUUAACUUUUUAAUUACAAAAAUAAAUGACCUGAUAACAAAACUCUUUGCACUGUGAAUGAAUCUUUCUGGUUGUAGUUCUCACACUUUUCAUUACACAAACAUAAAAACUAAAAAACCAUGAAACUUUUGCUUACAUAUUUGGCACAUUGUGUAAUAAUAUAUGGUGUAGAGAGUUUUAUCAAUUAUUUUAAGUAGACAUUAAUAUUUUUUUAUUACAAUAUAAAUACUUUUGGUCUCAGACACUAUUGGUUGCAUAAUAAAAAACAGAAGUAACUCCACAUACUGGGCAUAUAGCCUACCCUACACUACAGAAUCUCAAAUAUUGAACAUUCAUAAAUGCCCAAUCUGAAGUCAUAUGAUAUAUUCUAAUAACUUAAUAUAAUACAUAAUAACAAUCUGAGUCAGUCAGGAAAAGGCUUGAAAUGGGCCUGGGUCCUCUGAGACUCUAAGAAUAGGUUAUUCUGCCCACCGUGGGACCCAGCGGGCUUGCACACAUGUUCCCAUGACCCUCUAACCACACUCUCUCUCCCUCGCUCACUCCCACGUCACUGGCCGGUUAAAGUAAACGCGCCUCGCCUCGAGCUCGCGAUACACGCGUUUGGCUAAGGACGGAGACUGAUGGAUUAGCGCGUCCCCAUCAUCAUGGGAGUUAGAGUAGAGUCGCGUAUUUGAAACGGACCGUGAACCAUGUGUCUCCGGUGGAGGAGAAGCUACUGAGGAGAAUGUCUGAGAUAAAUGCUCCCACAGAAAAAGUCUCUAUAACAGCCCCGGAGUUGGAGACUCCGCCCUUAAGGCCAGAUACAGGGCCUGUGAUUGGUGGACUGCAUUUGCGAUCUGCACCAGGGGCUUGUUUGUUGUUUGCGGGUGUUUUGCUGAUAGUAGGAAUCGGCGUUGCUGUGGGGGGGUAUUGGAACAAUCAACCCCGCCGACAAACGCCACAUCAUGUUUCAACUGGACGCACCUCUUCAGAGAAACUGAAGCUGAUUGGUCCUGUCAUCAUGGGGGUUGGGCUUUUUAUCUUUAUUUGUGCCAACACAAUUCUCUAUGAAAAUCGUGACCGAGAACAACGUCAUAAGCGAGACCAACAUAAAGACAACCAGGAGAUCCUACCACUCGUACAAACUCAAAGGAACAGUCAUUCAAAACGGUUCUCACAAACAGAAACGAACACCAACACGCAUACAUUGGACUUGUCUGAACUCAACAUCCAUUGCUUAGAGGAAGUUGCCGGAAUUCCCACCCUAAAGUGUUCUUCGCCAUCCUCUGGUUCAUGUAGCUCCAGUCAAGUGAACUUGGAAACCGGAUCACCCCUCCGAGAUCGCAGAAACAUGGAAAUAUUGGCCUUGCCUGUCAUUAAAGUCAAUGACUGUCUGAUUGGCUCCUCAGACCCAGUGCCUCCACCUCUCCCUGAUCGGACAUACCGGAACAAGAUGGGAGUGGAAAAUAUAGCAAAUGUGGAGCUAACACAAGUGAAUCUUGCAGAUUCAUCUCUAAUGAUAUUGAACAAAGAAGAGCCAAAGGAUCGGUAGACUUUAACGCCUGCAGUCCACACUAAGGUCCACAUAGUGAAUAUAUUGAAUAUAUUCAAGCCAAAAGAUGUUAGGGUUGAGUAUAGAACAGAUUUCUCUAUUUGAUUCGAUUCUGAUUCAUUUGGGUGUAUUUCCGUUAUAAUGUCCAAUUUGCUUACAGUUCUUUCUUUGCGAAUGCUGUGAUUAUAUACAGAUGGAUUCAAGCUAAUCUUUUUGAACCCACUUAUUUGCAUGAAUCAGCUUCACUGGUCACGCUGUAUGUUUUUGAUUCACCAAAAAGAACUGACUCAUAAGAGUCAUUUGUUCGUGAAUGGCCACGUAUGUCUGUUUAUACAAGGAGUCAUUUUAUGUUGUCAUAUUGCUGUACACAGUCUUUUUUAUUACAUCACAGUAUACAGAACUCCCAUUUAGCUUAACCAUUUAGGUUAACCCUUAGCUUAGGGUUUUCUGAGAGAAAUAGUUGAUAUUCAUGUAAGUGGAUGAAUACAUAGAGAUUUGUUUUUUUUAAGGUUUUGAAUGAAUCUUACUUUGUAUUGUCACUUGAUUCUGGUGUCUUUUUUAUAUAGUUGCUUUGUUUUGUUUGAAUAAUGGAUUGUUACCUGACUUGUGAGAGUUGCAUAAGGCUUUGUAGAUUUUUGUUCAUGUGAAUUUUAAGUAAUCAAUUAUAUAUGAUCCUAUUUUUUCAUGUGGUGCCACCCACACAAGCCCAAAAGAAUAGAGACUGCGCUAUGUGUUAUUGUGUUUGUAGUGCUGGUCUUUAUAGUUCACAUAAAUGUCAGAGCAAAAAUGAAAGGCGGCCACCUGUGAUACACACAUAAAUAGACACAUGUGCAUGCAUACAGCUUCUCCUUCUCCUGUCUUAACUGUUCUGCAUCCAACAUGUUCAAAUUCUUAGAGACUGAAAGACAAGCUUUAAGCAGUCGCAGUCACGUGCAGUCAUACAGUAGCAAGUAAUCCUCUAUUUUGAUUAGUUUGGGUUAAUCCUGAACUAUGCUAUUGCUGCAAAACCAGUACAGCUGUCUGAUACCCAGCAAAAGUAAUGUGGAUUAAAUUUGCUUUAACAGUUCACUAUACACUAAGGAAUGAGGGUUUGACUGGUCUAGUGAGCCCCUGCUGAUGAGAGUUGUAACUACAUUUUUUUCCUUAGUAAUUUUGUCUUGUUUUACAGCUAAAUAUCU